UGCUUGUUUGGUUUCCUGUGCGGUAAUAAAUACUCACAGUAGAGACUAGAAAGAGAGGCGAGGAAGCCAAAGCAAAUCAAGCAGAAAAAGCUUACACUUUCGCAGAGGAAAAACAAAGAAGAAAAAAAGGGUAAAUAGAAAUGGAUGUGAUCAAAACCCAGCAAAUAUCAUCGCGGUCAAUCGAGAAGGUGAUAGUUCAUCCUUUGGUUCUUCUUAGCAUCGUCGACAACUACAAUCGCGUCGCUAAAGACACCCGCAAGCGCGUCGUCGGAGUCCUUCUUGGCACCUCAUUCAAAGGCACCGUUGACGUCACCAACAGCUACGCAGUGCCUUUUGAGGAAGACGAGAAGGACCCGAGCAUAUGGUUCCUUGACCACAACUACCAUGAAUCAAUGUUUUCGAUGUUUAAGAGGAUUAAUGCGAAGGAGCAUGUUGUUGGUUGGUAUAGUACAGGCCCAAAAUUGCGGGAGAAUGAUCUAGACAUUCACAGAUUAUUCCACAACUAUGUCCCAAAUCCUGUCUUGGUGAUUAUUGAUGUCCAACCUAAGGAGUUGGGGAUACCCACUAAGGCGUACUAUGAUGUUGAGGAGGUUAAGGAGAAUGCUACUCAAAAGAGCCAAAAGGUUUUUGUUCACGUUCCUUCUGAAAUUGCUGCUCACGAAGUUGAGGAGAUUGGAGUGGAACACUUGCUUAGGGAUGUAAAGGAUACAACCAUCAGUACACUAGCAAAUGAGGUCACCGGAAAACUCACAGCUUUGAAGGGUUUGGAUGCAAGGUUACGAGAGAUAUGUGCUUACCUUGAUCUUGUUAUUGAUGAGAAGCUUCCAUUGAAUCAUGAAAUACUUUACCAUUUACAGGAUGUGUUUAACUUACUGCCAAACCUAAACAUAAAUGAAUUAAUCAAGGCUUUUGCAGUAAAAACAAAUGAUAUGAUGUUGGUUAUAUAUCUGUCAUCUCUCAUUCGAAGUGUAAUUGCACUCCAUAACUUAAUCAAUAACAAGAUGCGAAACGAGGAACAUGAGAAAGUCGAGGACGCAAAGCCAGCAACUGUCCAAGCUGCCAGUUGAAGCCAAAUGUCAUCUCAGAUCCAGCCAUGACAAAAGCUCGAGCAUUUCAUGGAUUCCACAUUCCUGUGAUUUUGUAUCCUUCAUAGAGAUCACCAGGCUCCAAACAUGAUUUAAA